CACCACCUCUCAUACAAGUCACUUUUCUAGUUACCCGGUGGGUAAUUAGUGCUCACUAGUGGAAUUCUCAUCUCAAUCUCUUACCAGGUCUUCCGCAACCAUUAUGGUGGUUGAAAUUGUGCAAUAAUGGUUUGUUAAAACUGUUCCAAAGCCAAUUAUUUGGUCGGUACAUAAUAGUUAUGCUGUUUAUUUCAGAUUGUGCAAUUGACAAGUGAGCACUAUGAAAACCAUGAAGAUGUAGUUGUCACAGUGUUAUAGGAACACCAAGUAAUUAGAUAAGCGGAGUUAAUUGACAAAUUCGUUUAUUUUACGCUUAGUUGUAGUAGAUAUUUAAAACAGGAAAGUAGCACAAUGAAGUCAAUCUUAGAAAUUUAUUCACACCCGGAUGAUAGCCUACGAAUAUAUUCAGUCUGUUCAGUAAUCUGUAUAAAAGCAGUAGAACUUAAGCCGUAAAAAUGUGUUAGUUAUAACCACCCAAUUUGAAAGCUGUAUCAUAGCCCCAGUAGGGUUCAAAGAUUUCCUGCACGUUCAGUCAUCUUGAUGGCUUAGAGUAUUAAUUCUGGACUUCUUGAAGAUGUUCUGUCCUUCAGCUGGAAAAUGUUAAGCUCCUGAAUCUGUUUUGUAUUUAUCUAACUUGGGAUGCCGGGUAACCUUGGGAACUUUGAGGUGAUAGAGCUGUCAAUGUUGAAGAAACAUAUGUUUUUUCCUCUUUCUGGUUUGGGGAAUUUUACUGCUCAGACUUUAUUAUAUCCAUUCGUCUUGCUUCGUACAAGACUUCAACUUCAGGAAGGUGCCCAGGUUUAUCGUGGUCUUGUACAUGCAAUUUCUUCUGUUGUCAAAGAAGAGGGUUUUCGAGGAUUGUAUAGUGGCUACUUGGUCCGAUCAUUUCACAUAUUCUCAGGUACUAUCUACGUUUCCACAUAUGAAGUAGCCAGACAAGCAUGUACAGUCUUUCCAGCACUAAGUCCUGUUCAUCGAUCUUUUGUUGGUGGUGCAGUGGCUUCAUGUAUUGCUCAAGGUUUUUUCGUUCCGAUUGAUGUUGUGUCUCAACACUUAAUGGUUGUGAAUUGUAAUCGUGUUCAUGCAAAUAUGGUCAACAAAAAUUCAAAUCUAUCAUUUAACCCACACCGUUUUCGUCCAUUAACUCCGGUUCAUUUAACACAAAAUGAAAUGAAUUCCAAUUGGGGUCGUCUUUGUGGCGUAAUUCGUUAUAUUAAACAGACUCACGGGUUAAAAGGUUUCUACAAAGGUUGUUUAAUAUCUAUGUGCACUUUUGUACCUAGUUCGGCAUUGUGGUGGUCUUUUUAUGAUAAAUUUUGUAAUCUGAUCCAUUUUAUUUCAAAGAAAAUGUGUAAGGAACAUGUUCAAGACUCGUCAUUGUCACCAUCAGAGGAUGAUUCUGCUCCAGUUCCAAGGUUAUUGAUUCAAUUGAUUUCGGCUCCUCUAGCUGGAAUUUCAUCUGCUAUUAUUGUUAAUCCUCUUGAUGUUGUUCGUGUACGAAUGCAGGUUUCACAUAUACCAUUCAAACAAAGUGUUAUUCAUUUAUGGCAAUUUGAAGGAAUACGUUGGUUUUCCAAAGGUUUAUCCGCUCGUCUUAUCCAGACAACAUUUCAUUCAUUUUGGGUUGUUUUAGUUUAUGAACCUAUGAAGUUAUUUUGUUUAAAAGAUGAUUAUCGGAAUAAAUUUUCUAAUGUAUAGAUAGAUGAAAAGAAAAUUAUUGCGUCUUCUUAUUUUUUCUUUAAUGAUUUAUGUAUUAUUUGAUUGUGUAUCAAUCUAGCAUUAUGACUACCACCACUACUGACUACUACUGCUACUACUAUCAACACACUGUAUGUUUAGAAAUUUUUCCGAAUUGUAUAUAUUUUUCGAUAAAUCUAUUUUGAUUGUGAUAUAUACGUAUGUAGUUGAUAAGUAUGUUAUUUAUCAUCUUUCAUAGUUUUGUCUACUAGACCAUGACAACUAUGUUGUUUAUGUUAAAUGCUAAUAAUAAGCUGUUAAAUGUCCACAGAAUCCUAUUCAGUAUGUACAAUAAAGUUAA